AUGUCCCUCCCACAAACCUCCCGCUCGAAGGAGCCGGACCUCUACCGCGACACCUUCCAGGUCCCGCCUCCGUACGAAGCCACCGCCUAUCCUCACGUCCGGCCCCGUCGCGCUCUUGUCCGGGGCCUCGUCUCGCUCCGUGUGCUUGUCUGCAUCUUCCUCGCCAGCCUUGUCGCCUGGCAUACCAUUCACCUCGGGCGAGAAACCUACUACCGCGACGCUGCCCAGCAUGCCUCCUCGUCCACCCAUCUGGCUCGCUUCGAGGAGGCCGUCAAGCACUGCGCUGCACUCAAGACCUUCCCCGAGAGCCCCAAGCCCGAGUCCCGCAAGGCCAACCCGCGAUGGAACUCGGCCCAUGGACAGAACCAGCCGGUCGUGCUGCGCAACAUGACCUUCUUCGACGGAGAGUCCAUCGCCCCUGAGCCCAUGGAUAUCAGGUUCGAGAAGGGCCUGGUCACCGAGCUUGCGACAACGGCCUCCAAAGCCAUCACCUCCGACGGGGCUACCGAACACGACUUGCACGGUCGCUUCGUGACCCCCGGCCUGGUCGAUAUGCACUCGCACCACUUCAGCAGCCUGUGGCCCGCGCUUCCCAUCACGGGGGACGAGAACGAGGUAAACAAGGCAUACGGCCCGCUAACACCCUUCAUGCGCGUCCUUGACUCGAUGAAGGCAUACGACGGCGCCGCUCGCAUCAUCAUGUCAGGCGGCGUUACCACGUCUCUCAUUCUGCCGGGCUCCGCCAACAUCAUGGGCGGCGAGGCGACCGUCGUCAAGAACGUCCUCAAGGCCGGCGAACUGGGCGAGUACGUUGUCGAGGAGCUGCUCCUUGAGCACAACAUCCCGGUCGAGGAGCGGCACCGCUACAUGAAGCUGGCGUGCGGCGAGAACCCCAAGCGGCUCUACGGCCACACGAGCAUGGGCAACGCCUACAUCCUGCGUGACCAGUUUGCCAAAGCCAAGGAGCAUCUGCAGAAGCAGGAUGAGUACUGCGAGGGCGUUGCCAGCAUGUCGGCCCGGUCCGACGAGCUGAAGCUCCGCUUCUUCAAGGAGAGCGGCGACUUCCCCACCGACUUGAGGCUCGAGUCGACCGUGGGCAUGCUGCGUGGCCGAGUCUCCAUGCAGAACCACUGCUACCUUCCAGAGGACUUUGAAACCAUGCUUCGAGUCACCCGGGAGUACGGCGUCCGGGUCCGGGCCUUCCAUCACGCCCUCGAGGCCUGGCAGGUUCCCGAGAUGCUCAAGGCGUAUGGCGAAAACGUCACCAUCGCCACAUUUGCCGAGUUUAGCUUGUACAAGUUCGAGGGCUACUCCCCAAGCCUGUCGGCCAGCAGGAUUCUGAACGAGCACGGCAUCCCCGUUGCUUUUAAGAGUGAUCAUGUAGAAGAAGAGCGCUACAUCAUGUUCCAAGCGGGCGUUGGGCACGCAUUCCACCUCCCGGAAGACAAGGCUUUACAGUCCGUCACGUCCAUCCCUGCGAACGCAAUCGACCUGGGGUAUCGUGUCGGGUACGCUCGUCCGGGCUACGACGCUGACUUGGUUGUCUGGGACGCCCAUCCGCUGUCCGUCGGCGCGACCCCUCUGCAGGUUUACAUCGACGGUAACCCUCAGCUGGAGAAUCCAAUCGUCCAGGAGAGCAUGGGCACGGCCUUCAACGAGGCAUCGACCCAGGAGGCUCUCCCCGUAGCACCCAAGAUGCGGACGGAGCUUGAGCCCGGGAAGAGAGAAACCUUCUGCAGAAAGACCAAGAAAGCCGAGGCAAACUUCGUCAUCAACGGUAUCACAAGCACCUUCCUCGAGAACCAUCCACAGGUGCCGACCGUCUUUCGCGACGCCAGCGGUGGCAACUACACGCUCGUCGUCAGCAACGGGGCGGUGACUUGCCUUGACACGCCCCGGGGCUGUUCGUCGGCGGUCGCCCGGGUGUCAACGGAAGCCGAGGCCAUCACCCUCGAUCUCUCCAACGGCCACCUCCUCCCGGGCCUGACGGCCGUGACGACCUCUCUCGGCAUGGUUGAGAUUGCGUCGGAGGAAUCUACCGGAGAUGGCAGCGUGGACCCGAAGAAAGACGGCAACGACCCAGAGAACCUGGUCUUUGCAAAGUACGGCGUCCAGCUGGAGGGCAAAGCCUUCUCCCGUGCGCGCAUCGGCGGCAUCACCCGUGCCAUCACGCCGCCCCUCGGCGACAAUGCGGGCGGCUUUGUCAACGGCGUCAGCGUGGGCAUUCUCACCCGUACCGGCCGCACCCUGCUCGACGGCGGAGUCUUCCGACCCGAGGUCGCGCUUCACGUCACCAUCGACGAGAAGGCCAAGGCCAGCGUGGGUACCAUCAGCACCGCCGUGAAGAAGCUGCGCAAGAUCCUCGUCGAAGGCAGAGGCAAGCACAACGAGACGACGUUCGGUGAGGUUGCCUCCGGCAAGCUGCCGCUCGUCAUCAACGCCAACAACCACUGGGACAUUCAACAAAUCAUCAACAUCAAAAAGGACUUUCCUGACGCGAAUAUUGUCAUCCAGGGCGGUGCCGAGGCGCCAUUGGUCGCUCUAGAGCUCGCCGAGUCCCAAAUCCCCGUCAUCCUCACGGAGACCCGCCCGGCGCCCACCUCUUUCCGGCGCCGCGACGCCGUCGUUGGCCCGCCUCUGACCCCAAGUGCCGCUCGGAUCCUGAGCGAGGCAGGCGUCUACUUCGCCGUUGCCAUUGUCACCAACAUAAUGCCCGCCGACUACCGCAUCCACGACCUCGCUCUCGAGGCGGCGUGGGCCGCCAAGUACGCCGGCCUCGGCAACAAGGAGGCCGUCCGCCUCGUCUCCUCCAACGUCGAGGACAUCCUCGGCCUCCCCAGGAGCAGCGACAUUGUGGUGUGGGAGGACAGUCCUCUCGAGUUUGGCGGGACCGUGGCGCUCAGCUUCGAGACGGGCAAGAACGGCGAGCUCGAGGUCGCCGCUUGCUGGCCACAAGAGCAUGAUGAAUAG